UCAAAGCACCCCCGACAGAUGGCCAUCCAGCCUCUGCUUAAAAGCCUCCAAGGAAGGAGCCUCCACCACAACCCCCAUGACUCCAUUGUAAUGAGCCAUUGCAGUUAAAAGUGCAUUUAAUUACACAACCAGGGUGUAUCCACACGGUAGAAUUAAUACAGCUUGACCCCACUUCAACCGCCAUGGCUCAAUGCUAUGGAAUCAUAGGAGUUGCAAUUUGGUGAGGCACCGGCACUUUCUGGCAGAGAAGGCUAAAGAGGACAAUGGUUCCAUGGCAAUGAAAAGUGAAGCCAUGACAACUGAAGUGGUGUCAAACCGCUCUAACUCUGUUGUGUGGCCAGGAAAAAAAAGGAAACGAUUCUCCAGCCCUGCCCCAUUCAAGGCAGUUUGCUAGAAUCUAGCUGGGUAAGAGCUUUUUCACUGCUCAAUUUGUUAUGCUGGGGAGUGGCAUGCCCCUUUGGUGUGUCUCUCCCCCCUCCUCCUGCAAGCAAGAGAGGCUUAGCCCUGACUUGCCAAAUAUGGGACGUCCCUCCUUCGUUUUGGCUCCUUCCUCCGGCUUCUGGAUCAAGGGCUGCUGCUGCUGCUUCUCUUGCAACACCCGGAAUGCAAGUGGGUGGCUCCACAGGGCCGGGCUCCUAGGAUCCCGGCUCCUUUUUCCCUCUCGGCCCAAAGGGAUCUUGGGCUCGGAGGACCCCGGAUCGGAGUAAAUCCCAACAGAUUCUAGGUUAUGUUAUUUCUUUAUGUGUUGCUGCUUCAGCUCCUGCAAACAUUGCUUGCAUUUCCUCAAGGUUGGAGACAGUCGAGGGAAUCAAAACAUGUGAUGAAAGAGGUGUUCAUCUCAGCAGAAAAAGCUAAUUUGUUCAUUGGACGGCACCUUCUAUACAACAGAUUUGACUUUGAACUGUUCACUCCAGGAAAUCUUGAAAGGGAAUGUUAUGAAGAACAAUGUAAUAUUGAGGAAGCAAGAGAAUUUUUUGAUGAUCCCGAAAAAACAAAACGUUUUUGGGAUGUAUAUACAUCAACAGGCCUUGGGUCAAAAACAGAUGGGUCAGCAGUAGAGAAGAUGGAUGUGAUAGCACUUUUGACUGGACUAAUUGCAAUUGGAGUGCUACUGGUUAUAACUGGAUUACUUAUUUAUUAUCUCUGCCAAAGAAGGUGCAAGCCAAGAUUGACAGAGUACCCAAGCUGCAGGAGGCACCACUCCUCCAUCAUCUUUCAAAGACGUGAAGAAUUCCCCUUAGCCUCUCUCUCCCCACAUUCAGAGCAUAUAGGACUGCCCACUUAUGAGCAAGCAGUGGCACUAAGAGGCAAUCAUGACGCCCCACCUCCACCAUAUCCAGGUCCUUUGGGAGGUUUUAAAUUCUUCAAAAAAUCCAUUUCACAUCCUGGUCCUUAAUUAAAAAGCAUGGCUUGUGAAGUGGUUGAGAAUCACUCUUGUCUAAAUGAAGAUGUAUUGCUGAAAUGCUGCAGCAUUGUGUUCACUGCAGGAGCCUUUCACAGUAUGAAAGGGAUAUAGCUCUUCAGUAUGCCUAAGAGGAAGUUGAAUGUAUCAGGUAAACAAGAAAACUGUCCUUCGUCAAUGUUCUGAUGGUUAAGGAUGAAAGACGCCUUUUGUUAUGCUUCUCUGUAGGUGCUAACUUGGCUCCCAUGCAUUUUGAGCCACUCACUGAAUUGUUAUGCCACUUUUCUUGUCUCUCAGGAUCUAUAGUUUCAUUUUCAAUUUUGAAGAUGCAUUUGUUGAUCGUGGUUUUUAAUUAUGACUUUUAAUCAGUAAUAUAAUAGGAAUGGCUAUGUGGAAUAAGAGCUCAAUCUUUGCUCUCAACUCACAAGAAAAGGAAGAAAUAGCAACUUGUUAACAUUUCAGUACUCAAACUAAACAACUUUAAAUCUACAUUUCUUAUGUUAAGUAUUUAUAUCUUUUCCUCUUCAAUGGUUUACCAGCAAAAAGCUGAUAUUGUACCCUGUGCAAUUACGCUUUCUUUUCUGUUGUCUCUCGGUGCCCAUUAAAUUAUAAAUCUUAAGGA